AUGGACGCUCUCAAGAAUAUCAUUAACAAUGUCCCCGACUGGGUAGUUCGCCUAGACGAGCUUGGAGACCAGAUCGAUAAGCGUCAAGUCGAGCUAGCUGCAUUUUGCAAAGCCGGCACCACGAAGUCCCUUAGGAAUCGUGGAUCUACGGAAUCACUCAAGCUCAAGGACGAGGAUACUGAUGCUAGCCCCACGCCUGUUGACGAAUCUGCCGACAACGCAGGCAAACCCCAAGCGGAGGGUGCCACAAUAUCACCAGACGAUGAGAAGAAAACUACUCAACAACCAAGCCCCGACAAUGGAACGCCAUCGGCUGUUCAGAUGCAGACAAAAGAUGCGAUAAACAAGGCACAAGCGCGAGCGAGAGAGGUGGUUAAGAAGCGUCUUCGUACGGAGUCUGUUGUGUCGGAUGAGGAGGGUGCUCCUUCCAAGUACCGCAGUCGCACUAUGGUCGUCGUCUACUAUGAUCAGUACGUGCAGACUUUCUUCGAGGAAUUGGUCAAGUUCGUGUCGGCGAGCCGGAACUUGAUGCGCAAGGCCAAGAUGGCGGCAAAAGUUGCACAGAUCCGACGUCUCGCAGAGCUCGAAGUUCCUGACGAUGAUGACGAUGACGGUGACUUGAAGCCGGAUGCACCUUUGACUGCGGGGCCUGCUUCUGAUGCCCUGCCAUCCCUGCGAUACAUGAGCACAAGACGUAUGGGCCCCCCCGGCAGGAAAUCGGGACCUUCAUAUACACGCGCCGGCCCGGCCGGCUCAAUACUGGGCGACAAUGCUUCAGAUGCAUAUGACGAACUCGACAAGGGCCUGGAGUAUGUCCAAGGCAUGUGCGAGCACGCAGCACACCAGUUCUUGCGUGACGGACAGUGUACAGAGGAAAUCUCAAACAUCCAAAGGCGACUGGCAGAUACGAAGGAGCUGGCUAUCAAAGAGAUGGAGCGAGUAGAGAGAGAGGAGCCCGAACUGUUAAAGACCGCUAGUGAGACGAACAAGGUGCGGACUCUUCGACCAACGAGCAUGCGGCGGGAGCUCACGCCCGCCAAGGAUAACAACCCACCCAUCACACCGAGAAAGCUUGAGGUUGACGCCAAGCUCGAGGCGGAUAUCAAGACACCGGUAGCCAAGACGGUAGAGGUGGAUAUGGCGAAGCCCCUUGACGCUGACAGCGCGCCUAUUGAAGCGGACGACGAGGGCAUCGAUGAUAUGGAGCUUACGCUUCCGCCAAGGUUGAACUAUCGCUCCACGAGAGCGAUGAGGGGACCGCCGCGGCAGUAA